AACGGCAAACACACACAAACAAGAACACGUUUUCGACAAGUAGUGAUGGAGGACUUGACAAGCUGAACAACAAGUAAACCAUUCUGAGUCACGUUGGCUUGGCCCGUCCUACAAUUUUUCGCUUUGAACCCGUUUCCACACAACGCUUGGAUGAUCACCAGAUACACAAGACGAUGCUUGUCGACCGUAAGGUUCGGCGGUUUAUAUUGUCUGAUAAUUGGAUAAAUUUUUGACAAGCAUCUUCAAGUUCAAUACCCAAAGGCAUUCUAUUGUGCAUCAUGAUGCAUUGAUUGUGUCUUGAUGCUCAAUUGAUUCAAACAAAUUUUUUGAAGCUUUCAUGAUAACUGAUGGCAAUUCAGAAAAUGAUGUCAGUUAGAAACAAUUGAGAUAAACUAGCUUUUUAUCUUGAAAGAUCAUACUGUGCUCAUUUGCCUAGUAAACAUAUCUCUAUAGAUUUUUGUAGUUAUUCUGUAGCCAUGGCAAGAGCUGAGGGUGCUAUUAUUAACAAUGCAAGCCCCGCUGGUAUGCAAGAGAUUAUUCAGCUUGCCAGACUUUUGAGGGAUAAAGGUGAUAGAGUUUUAAGUGCCUCAAGCAAGUUGUCUUUGUCCACAGAAUUACUUUAUAAUCUGAAUGAAACGUUUUCAAUGAUCAUUAAUGAAACAGAUGAUUUGGAAUCCUCUUUCCAAGUGUGUAAUAGUUCUCGCAAUGAGGUUUUCCAAGAUAUCAAAUUCUUACAUGAUUUUGUGCAAAAAACUAUUGGUCUUAAAAUUCAGAACAGCCACAACAAUAUAAAAGUUCCUGUUGAUAUCACAAAAUUUAGACAUUUGAAGUAUUUGGAAUUACAAAAAGUCCCUAUAGACAUGGUCAAAGGAAUUCAGGGCAUCAGAGGUCAACUUGAAUGCAUUGUUUGUACAGGUGGUCGUGGAGUUAGUAGUGUGCAUGAGUUGUUGGCAUCUUGUGGAGCCGAUGCAGGUACAGGCUUUGUUUGGGGAUCAUUACAUCGAUUAGCACUGCCAUACAAUGCUCUUACACACUUAGACAAAUCUCUUGAGUUUGCUCCAUGGCUAGAAAUGAUAGACUUGAGCCAUAAUUCAAUAAUCAAAGCUACAGAAUUGGAAUAUCUGCCAAAUUUAAGAAAUGCUCAUUUAGGAUAUAACAGUCUAGAAUCUGUCCCUACGUUCAAUAAAGCUACAUUUCAUACUUUACAAAAACUAAUACUCAAGAACAAUUAUAUUGAUAAUAUACACGGUUUACAAGGUCUUGAUAGCUUAGUUGAACUAGACCUAUCGUACAAUUGUCUAACGGAUCAUUCAAUGCUCUGGCCUUUGGAAACAAUGUCGAUGCUUAUGUGGGUUUGUUUGAAAGGCAAUCCAAUGGCUUAUCAUCCUCGUCACAGACUACAUACUAUCAAACAUUUGCAUCCAUCGCUCAGUGACAGCAAGUUUGUAUUGGACGAUCAUCCACUGAAUAACUCAGAGAAAUUAUUCGUUUCGGAAAACCGCAUUUCGGCCAUUCGUUCAACAGUGCAUCGCUCAACAAAUGUGCCGAAUCCGAUGCCUUCCCUGACUGCCUCGUUAGAGACUCAAAUUCAGGAUAGCGGUUCGACGAAUCAACUGGAAAUCAGCGUGGAUUUGACUGCUUCGAUGUCCGGAUUUAGGCAAACCUUGAAAAAGCGCAAAAAUAUGAUGGAAGCGGUUAUUGCCGAAGACGAAGUAGUGAAAGAACGAUCGAAACCGAAAUUGGCUUCGUCGUAUACCAACUCGCUUGAAGCGUCGAUGGAUCAUUUGGAAACCAAACGCCAAAUUUUGGCAUUACGAGCUAAGUAUGGCGAGGAAAAUUGGCUAAGUAGUCACUCAGCCGCUCACGUCCAGAAUAUAAUGGGUUUGCGACAAACACCCUCUUCCACUCCUCCGGUGCUAUCCUCAUCGUUCACAGAUAAUCAACAAAAUUUCACCGCAGCCGUAGCUGCAGUCACUGAAUUAUCUGUGUCUCCGAUUUUACCAAGCACAGUUAACACGCAUGUUAUUGGAACUGAAGCUGUUAAAGACCAAGGCACACAGGUCGAAACUAUUGAGAAACAUACAGACGGCAUCAAAGCAGAUUUGCGAGAAUAUGAAAGUACUGACGAAGGUAUCGUGGUUGAACCUGAAACUGAGAACGAGGCAGAUGAAAAUGCGACAAUUAAAGCAGUGCAAGAACUGCAAGAAAGCUUUUAUGACCCUGAAGAAGAAAAAGGUGAUCUGUACUUAGUUCAAAAGAAAAAAGGCACGGGUGACGUUGAUGAGAUUUUUUUAAUUAUAUCUCAAGAGGACAUUAAAGAAAGAGAUUCAAUAAGCGGUAAGAUUAAAUACCGCUGGGCCACAAAUACGGUACUUUCUUGUGUUUUGGGUAGAGGUGUACCGACGACUAUCGAUAUUACGUUUGAUACCACAAGAAAAGAUCGAGAAGCUAGAACGUAUAUUGUCGAGCUCGACGAUGCUAAAAGAAUUGUACAAACUCUUAACGAAAUGAUAAAAACUCAACCUAUAGUUUUAAAAAUCUUCAAAUGCAUGAAAUGUUCGACUCAUUUUUCUCAAGAUGGCGACAACAAUAUUGUUACAUCUUCGACUGCUGAGGGACCACUCAAAUGCCCAACAUGUAAAAGUACCCUGGUUAUCCAAACAGAUGAACUUCCGGCUACGGCGAGUGGGCCAUUAGAAAAAAUAACGGAAAAGCCAAAGCUCGAGAUGCAAAAAGACGCUGGCAGCGAAGCUCGACUACCGCAUUCAAGUUCUCAGUCUAGCAUCGGUGGAACAGAAAAUGAAGCUAUAUCCAUCGCCACUACUCUAAAGCACUUCGACUCUCACUCCCAAGCUCAAAUCAGCUGUUCAGCUACGAGUCUAGAAGAAUCCCGAGAGUCAACGCCUUCGACUGGAACAGUUAAUAAUAAGUACGAAAGUGAUAUUGAAAUACUAAGCAAUCCAAGCCAAAGUAGCAUUGAAGUUCUUUCCGAUGGAUCGAAGUCGACGACGCCAAAGCGCAAGAAAUCGUCGGAAGAAAGACGCGUGGCUGUAGCUCCCUCGUUAUUAACAAUCCCCGAUACCAGUCUUCUUAUGGCGGGCUUGACCGAGAGUAGCUCAUCAGGUUCAUUGACUGACAGUGUGUGUACCGCUUACGAAAACAAAUCCCUCAAGUUAGAUAAGAUUGAUUCUAACAGCAAAAGCGUCAGCGAUGCCGAAACGGUCAAGGCCGAUAUCGUGGAUUCGGAGGGCUCUUUUGCACCUGUCGCCAAUUUAACGUCGAUGCUUGGCGAACUACUUCAGAGUAUGAAAAUUGGGGCUUCUAAAGACACAAUCGCCAAAUCGGAGGAAAGCUCCGAGUUUAUCGGCACUAGCAUUCAAUACUCCUACACAAAUUUCAGCGACGUCGAUCACAGGAUCAAGCUUCACAUUAUACUGAAUGUUUUUGAGCAUGAGAACGAAGAUCUUGCGUUUUUGCUACGUGCUGACAUACUAACACAAACAUCACCAGAUCCCUUCCCCGGAUGCUUAGUCAUGUCGACGGCCAAGCUUUACAUUCUCAGAAUUAGUGGACCAGAAGGUGAAGACCCUCAACGUUGGUUACAUAAAGAAUGCAGUUGGACGGUAGAUCGACUCAGAUCUUUCGCGCCGUUAUCAUUCAAACAAGGUGUACUAGUGGAAUUGCAGCAGCCUAAUAAACCCGGAGAAAAUGUUACCAACAACGUAGUCCUUUGUAUAUUGCAAGACUUUCAGAGGACGUCUAAUUUUUUAUUUUAUCUCACGGACUCUCCGCUUCCUGCCAGCUGUGAAGUCGAAUUUACGGUACCUCAAUACUACAAUACGUCUAUGAAAAAUAUCCUCAAGUCUUCCAAAAAUCACAAAGAGGAAGAUGCUAUCAGAUUACUCGCGAUAUUUUCUUCAGCUGUUCUUAAAUUCGCUCAUGAAACUCAGAAGCUCAAAGUUUCUAGCUUAAUCGUUACUUCUUCUACACUAAUCAUCACGCAGGAUAAAAUUCACUGGCUUUUAUCUGGGAGCAAUAAACUACCAUCUAUCGUAGCUGAACAGGGAAUGAGUAAUUUAAUAGAAGUGGAUUUGACUGGCAAUUCUUUAAAGAUGAGUUUCCUUGACGAGGUGGCUGAUGUAGAAACUAAUUGGACACUGGAAUUUGUAUCGCUGAGUGCUGCAGAGGCAGUGAUAAACUCAAUUCGUCCUCCGUGGGAGGAGCUGUUUUCGGUGCCAUUACAGAUUAACUGUGAGGCAAAUACAAUGUUGACUAGGGCGACAGAAGCAGAGGGAUGUACGUGACAGGUCUCGAAUAAUAACGAAGUGGUGCUCGCUUAUCAAUCACCUCCGCGGUUAUACUGCGAGCGACUUGUGCGUCACAUUGUCUAUGUGAGGCAACUCGUUGUUGCCUGCGUCCUCUAUCUUUACUUCCUCUACGGCAUUGUCUUCAGCGAUAUUAGAUUCAAGACGCGGCAAUGAUGUGUUGUUGAUUUUGUAUAUAAUUGACCAUUGGCCAACUGAUGUGAUUUUCAAAAGUUGACAUUGUAAAAAAAUUGUUUGUAAAUUGAGCCGUUAUUUGAAUUGAUUUUAGUUAUUGGAUUUGUCCUGCGUGUUUCAAAUUUUUUCUAGUGAUCGCUAACUAAAUAUUCAUCAAAUAUAUUGUAAUUUUUAUCUACGUAACAAUUAUAUAUAAGUUUUACGUUAAAAAGUGUAUUUAAAAAUUUUUGAACGCGAAUUUUCGUUAUUUUUGUUUGUCAGGUUAAAUUUAUGAAGUCAUACAAGUAAUUUUACAAGAAAAUCGUUUGUCCCACCGUUUACUCGGCUAGAAAAUGUUUGCUUUGAUUUGUUCCUAAGAUGUUUCAAAAAAAGUAAUUAGCAGAUAUAAAUGACAUGUUAAUAAAAAAUUGUAUCUAAACAUAUUUUUUAUUUAAAACUGUUUUUA